GUGACUGUUCGUUGUGUAUGCGAAUGUAAAACUUGUGAUUUUUAUGUGCGUGUGUGUGUGCAAUGGAUCGGUUAGUGUUUUUGUGGUUUUGUUGUUGAUUGUCCAAGGAUAUUUUUUCUGAUGACAAAGGAGUAAAUGGUGGGCAAGAGCGGAUUUCUCCAUCAAAAUGGCAAAAUUAUAGCAAACGACCGAAACCUGCUACGUUGGCGCUGGAGGCGAAAAAAUGAUCAUUCUGAUGAUCGUAUAUUUCAUCACGCUACCGGUUCUCACUUCCAAACCAGUCAUGGGUGAUGCGACAGUAGAAGAAAAAACAUCCCAGCAAUAUAUUAGUUCUAGAGUAGUCAGAACUAAAUAUGGUGAUAUUCGAGGCUUUAUUGUCACUCCCGAAUCGAGAUAUCUAGAACCGGUUGAAGUAUUCCGAGGUGUACCAUAUGCGUCUCCUCCCGUGGGAUCCCUUAGAUUUAUGCCUCCGGUAUCAGGCGCUCAAUGGUCCGGGGUGAAGAUAGCUGAGGAAUUCGGUCCAGUCUGCCCACAAGUUCUUCCGGAUAUAAGGAAUGAGACCGUCGUGCUCAAGAGGAUAUCAAAAGGGAGAUUGGAGUAUUUAAAGAGGAUAUUGCCGUUUUUAACGAACCAGUCUGAAGAUUGCUUGUAUUUGAACAUUUAUGCCCCAGCUCAAGGUGUACGAGAUGCUGUAGCCCGAUAUCCAGUGUUGGUCUUCGUCCACGGGGAGAGUUACGAGUGGAGUUCUGGAAACCCCUACGAUGGGACAGUGUUGGCUUCUCACGCGGGACUAGUUGUGGUCACAAUUAACUACAGACUUGGGAUUUUGGGAUUCCUCAACCCUAGAUCCGAUGACUACCCUCGGUCGCCAGCCAACUAUGGUCUCAUGGACCAAAUUGCCGCCUUGCACUGGAUCAAGGAAAACGUGGCGGUUUUUGGUGGAGAUCCUACUAACGUCACUCUAAUGGGACAUGGCACCGGGGCUGCCUGCGUCCAUUUCCUGCUCACCUCUUUAGCUGUGCCUGAAGGUCUCCUCUUUCAUAGAGCGAUUUUGAUGUCCGGAUCUGGACUCAGCCCGUGGUCUUUGGUGGCCGACCCCAAUAAGUACGCAGCAAUUGUGGCAACACACGCCAACUGUUCACCAGACUUGACACCCCCAGCGCUGCUGCGAUGCUUAAGAGAGCGACCAUUAGAGGCAUUACUCUCCGCACCAGUUCAAGCGCCUGACUUCGCUUAUGCCUUCGGGCCGAGCGUCGACGGUGUUGUUAUAGAUUUAUUUGUGCCAGAUACAGGAGAUCUCUUAGUCAAUCCAGAAAAUGGUUACGAAUGGGGCGGCCAGACAGUUGCCCAUGCGCCAGUCGGGAAACAAGCACAGAACGCUAUUAACAUCAUCAACGCUGUGCUGAUGAGAAAAAGUGCGGUGGCGCAGCUGACCAAAUACGAUUUGAUGCUCGGAGUCACUAAAGCGGAAGCUUACUUCGCAUUCAGCGGUGACGAUGUACAGUAUGGGAUAGAAGCGGACAGAAGAUCGAAGAUUCUCAAGUCUUUUGUCAGAAAUACGUAUAGCUACCAUCUUUCUGAGAUAUUAGCGACGAUUAUAAAUGAGUAUACGGAUUGGGAAAAACCUGUUCAGCAUCCAAUUAACAUCAGAGAUGAAACUUUAGAAGCACUUAGCGACGCCCAAGUCGUAGCUCCAAUGGUGUUGACAGCCGACACACAUUCAGCGCUAAGAAGAAAUUCGUAUCUAUACGUUUUCGACUACCAGACGAAGUACGGUGACUAUCCACAGCGUCAAGGCUGCAUCCACGGGGAGGAGCUUCCGUACAUAUUCGGUGCGCCCCUGGUCGGUGGUUUGGCUCACUUCCCUAGAAACUACACGAAAGCUGAAGUCGGCCUGUCUGAAUCCGUCAUGUUAUAUUGGGGAAACUUCGCUAAGACUGGCAACCCUAAUGAAGCUCAAGAGACUGAUCCUAUAAGAGCUGGAAGACAGGAGCGAGUUAGAAUGAAGAACAUCGAAUGGACUGCCUACGAAGCUGUUCAUAAGAAAUAUUUGAACAUUGACAUAAAGUCAAAACUCAAGAACCAUUAUAGAGCGCAUAGACUUUCAUUUUGGUUGAAUUUAGUACCUGAUCUGCAUCGUCCAGGAGGCGAAGAUGUACCGCCAGCUCAUCAUCAGCUUGAAAAUGAGGACAACUCGAUCCAGCCAACACCCAAGACUUAUAGUCCAGCCUUCAAAAAAACAACUGACGUAAUAGCUGAUACAGGACUUGCCACAAAAAUACCAGUUCUAAACGUUCUUAAUAUAACCUCAUCGUUAAAUUUCAAUAUCGUAGGAAUGAAUAGUGUUACUCAAAGUACUGCCAGUGAAGUACAAAAAUCUGAAACCACAGCCGCUAGUCCGCCCGAAGAUGGAUUCGCUGCCUAUUCCACAGCGCUCAGCGUGACAAUAGCAAUAGGAUGCUCAUUACUCAUUCUCAAUGUGCUUAUAUUCGCCGGAGUAUAUUAUCAAAGAGAUAAAACAAGGAUGAACGGCCAAGACGGACACAAUAAUGGAUCGCAUCUAAAGAAACGCGUCGAAAAUGGCCAGAUGCCAAAUAAUAUUUGCGGCGAUCUCGAAGGAGCUUUAUCGUAUCAGACCAGUCUGAAAAACGAUCCCGCGACAAUAUUGAGCCACCACCACACGCAUUCACAUCACCAACUGCCACCGCCAGAGUUUGCCGAUUUACCAGGAAACAACGUGGCGGGCAUGGCCACGCUACCAAGAGCCCCGCCGCCACCGAAAAUAGGCAAAACUAUAAACACACUAGCCAGUGGUCAGCUACAGGAGAACCAGCCUUUGUUAUCGGCGCAUCAGAUGCAGAUAAUGAACACGAGCACUUUAACUAAGAAGAACACGCAGAUGAAUGCAAAGUCGAACGUCACGAUGGAGGAGCUGCGGGUGUGACGUCACAGGGCCUGACUGCAGCGUGCGGGCAGCUGCAGUGACGUGGCCCACCACGACGAGAUCGUGUGACUCGAACCCGACCUUCUCAGGUGCGUCGCAGAUUACAUAUAGAACUACAAUGCCUCUGCACCACCUGAAUUCGGAAGGUUUAAUUUUAGGACUCACAUUUCCGAAAACUCUAAUUCGAGUGAAGUGUCAACAAUUUAUAGUGAAAAGUGACAUUAGAUAAAUAAUCAUAUCGGGUUAAUGGACGUUCGUGAACGAAUUUUUGGUACUGAUAAUGUUGAUGUGUAUAUUGGAUGUAAAUAUAAUAUUAUUUUAGGGUUUGUAAAUAUAGCUCGGCCGCAUAUCCAUUCUAGUUAAAUUGUAACCUCAUCUAGAUUUAUCGGUACCUCUUCGGCUAAUGAACACACGCAAAGAUACAAAAAAAAUUUAUGUUCUAUUAAUUAUUAAAACUGGUUGUAUGUGUGUACUUACAUUCAAUAUAUUUUUUCCUCUCAAAAUAUUGAUUACGUUGUUAUGUUAAAUUCGACUCAGAAGAUAUAAAAUCGUAAUUGAAUUUUUUUUCCCUAAUAAUAUCCGAUUUUAUUUGUACACUCAGGUUAAUAACUAUUUUUAGUUCUUGUAUAGUAAAAUUUUCGUAUGAAGGUGAUGAAAAUAAUAUUCGAAAAGAAUGUAGGUAGAAGCUAAUAAAAAAACAGCUUUCGAGAUCAAAUACAUAAAAUGAAACAUGCGACAUUUCACAACCGACACAGCAUUACAAACUAUUUUUGUUUUUGAAACCUCAUGUUAUUUCUAAAAAUAAUUGACCUAAAAUUUUAAUUUGAAGUCGAAAAUCCAUAAAAUAGAAAAUACGCACUAUGCAAGAAUAUUUAAUAUAUAAUUUUGUAAAACGAACAGAUGACCCUAUAAGUUUGAAACUACAUAUAAGAGCUACCAAUCAUAAAAAUAUCAAUCAUGAAAUAUAAUGUACAUACGUGUUGUAUUUGUAAAAAUCAUAAUACAAAAUAUUAAAAGAAUAGUCAAAAUUUAACCUUUAAGGUUGAUAAAAAUAUGUGAAAAAUCGUGUCGAAUUCAAUUAUAUUGUUGUAAUAUACUUCAAAUAGACAUACGUAAGUCUACUAAAUUAAAUUCUAUAGUAAUAGCCAAACCAGAUUAAUCAUAAACUUUAUUACGUUGUAAUAAUAUUAAAUUUAAAACACCAAAUAUUUAAACAGCAUGUUGCUAAACAAAUUAAGCAAUAAUUUGCUACAAAUUAUUUAAUAUAUCGCUAAUGUCGUGAGAAAUGUGGUAAUUCGUUUCAGUUUGGUUGAUUUACUGUAAAACUAUACCAACUACCUUCGAGCAGCAAUAGCCUUAGCUUUAUGCCAGUAUUUCUUAGAACAACUCUUUCCAGGUCUGACGCAAUUUCACAAAAACAAAACAACAGCGAUUUUAGUUUUAAAAUCAUAUCAUUGUCAGUCAUUGCCCUAUUGAUUGCGUAACCCAGACCAACAGAACAAAAAGUCUGGUUUCGAUUUCCGGUCUGAGUAGUGUCUUUUGCAAAAGUAUUUUGAUGAUCAGGGAUCUGAGCAGUUAAUUUUUUAUUUCACACACAUAUAGGUCCUCGUUCGCACGUAUUACGUGAUUAUCCGUACAACGUGAAACUCGCGACUGCCCCUCAGAACGACCAAAUCCCAACGAACAGUCUGUCCUAACGCCCGAUCCCCGCUGGAAACAGAACUCGGACAUAAGACAGGGGCCUGAUUCCGCCGUCAACACUAUCUGGCCGGCUUAGUAAUUGAAAUUAGGAGCGCCCCAUACGAUGCCAAUGGUGUACCGGAAUACCCCGCUGGUCUAGAACUAACCUGCAGGGCUCUAUCAUGUAACGUGCUAGAUUAAAUUACUUAUAGUGCGCCGCGUGGCCUCUUUCCCUCUUGUCGUCUCGCAACCAUCAUGGGGGAAGGACGGCUACAACUAGGGAAAAUAACAGGGGUGCCACAUCACCUACUAAAUCAAUGGAUAAUUAAAUGAGCUUAGCUUGGGGCAGUGCGAAUGUGAAUCGCUUAUUAAAGAUACUUGUGUUCAAAUGUUAUGAGACAUUGAAGACUGGUUUUUUUCCUAACUAUUCAUUGGUAGCCUAGGGGAUAUUCCAACUUCGCGUGAAUCGGUAGCUUACGGGCUCAGCUUGGGAGAAUUGCUAACACUAUCCCUAGCAAGAGCAGUGCUUCGCUGAAUCUACUACCGGAUCGGAAUCGCGACCUACUGAGAAGAUCCGGCGAGAAACUCAGUGGGUUAUUGAAGUAAUGGUAAUCCUACUAUUUAAAUCGGAAUGUAUGAUGACACCGCGAUAGACUUAGGUAGGGUAAUGAUACGGAUCCGGGUUCUCACAAAGGAUUACAGGUAAUUACGCAAAUUGUAAUUUUUGAAAAGAUACCUAUUACUGUUAUGUUCUUAUUAUCUGUCGACAGUGAAUUAUUAAUGGAAUGAAUGAUUCUGCUGUUUCGCUGCCUUUGUAAGCUAAUUAAAUACACAUUUCUUCGACAUUUUAAGUUUUGUUUUCAAAAUAGAAGGACCAAUAGUGUUUUGUAUAUAUGUAAAUAUUAGUGUCACGGUGUAAACAGGUUUUUUGAAUUGUUUUACUUUAAAAUUUUGAAAGCGACUGAUUUGAAUGCGCCGGAAUACUGAAUUGCAUAUUUAAGAAGAGAUUUUGAAAAUUGUUAUUAACUAUGAAAGAAAAGAAACAAGAAACAGACAAAAAAAAGAAGCGUUCAUUUUGAAAUAGCUUCAUAGCUUUAUUGUGUACUGACUAGUCUGAGCCAACUGAUGUUAAGAUAAUAAGGGUAUCGGGAUAAAUGAAACAUCAAAGAUACCGCCACCUACCUUGGGAAAAUAGACUAAAGUUUCAGUUGCACUGGGAUAAAGACAUCAGACUACUCUUCUAACCUAAAUAUAUGAACACCUGGUGAUGAGUGAUGAACAUGAUGAAUGAUGAUGCGUGCGAAAUCAUCACGUCCCAUACCAUCAAUAAUACAAAUUUUCGGAAAGGAGUUGAAGAAGUUGUGUGAAUAAGAUGACAAUACUCUCAAUACAUUGGUAGGAAAGUAACACAAGUAGUUAGAAGUGGCCAGGGUUGUGACUGAUACAACUAUUCCAAUAAACAUCUGGACAGACUAUUACGGUAACUAUUUUGUCUUCAAAACUAAAGCGAUGACUUAAAUACGUCUUAGAAUACGUCAAAAAUUAAUCUAGAUACGAAUCGAUUGCCAAGCGGAAGCCGUCUUUAGCGUAUUACUUGAAAACCGGACAGCUGGUAUACAUUUAUUGAUUUUUUUGUAUAUUUCAGUAGUUUUUAGAUUAAUUAAAUUUCUGAGGAACUACAGUUUUGAGCUAUACUUACAGAAUGACUGAUAGUUCAAAUGUUGUUAUUCGUAAAAUAGAGCUUUAUUACAAAUAGUCAUUACGUUUUACCUACCGAUAUAUUAUUAUGAUUAACGUAAGAGAUAGUUAGUUUAUUAUUAGGCAAUAGUUUGGCAAGGACUCAUGUGAGCGACAGUCGAUACUGACUACGUGGGUCGUAACUGUUCUACUAUUGAUCGCAAUGAAAUACAGAAAUAAUGCGAAAAUCACAUACCUAAUUAAUACAUGGUCUGUUCUUGCAUUGAUUUUAUAUUCAUUUUAGGAAAUUUGACUUUAUAACCCUCUCUGUAGUUGCACUAAUUGUUUUAAUUUAGUACCGUUUUAAAAUGGCUAUCGCCCAAUAUCUGAGGAAGACAAAGGUGAAUCUGACUCAAAGAGAACUUAAAAUUCUCAAAGUCGUUUCACCUAAUCCCGAAGAACCUUAGCGGACAAAGGUAAUGUUGAUCACCAAGAUAUCGCCUACUAUUGUUGAUAGUAGGUGAUAUCUUAAGAUAAAAAAUAAACCUAUGAAUACAAAAACCGCAAGGUGAACCCGUGAAAGGUUUGCGAAUAUACUAAGAUUAUAAUAAAGUAAGUCACUACGUAAACGAAGCUGUAUUAUCUAUUUACGUGAUACAAAUGUUUUAUAUGCAUUUCAGUAUUCAAACUUUUAUAAAACUCCAUAAGAACGUAUUUAUCUAUGAUAUCAUUAAUUUAUUUAGAGAACCGUUAAAAGGUCAUUAAAUUCAACAGACAUUCUUAACUUCUAGUUAUAUUUUCUUGCAUUUGUUUUACGUGUACUUUUUGUAUAAUUUUUAAUCGAUCAAUACAAAUUGAUAGGGAAUGUGAUUUCGAAAUACACUAAUGUGUCUACUUUAUCUAAUUAUCUAAAUUUGGCUACAAACUUAUCUGCCAGCUUGCCUGUAUGAACAAUCAUUUUGUUUGAGCGUCUAUUUAUUCACGGUUUGAUUUAUGUAAAUCGUUGUAAUUUACUUAAGUGGUUGAUUAAACGAAUCCGAGCACAUUUCGUGACUUCUCAAUAUCAAGCAUUAGAUCGCCUAAUUCCACUACAAGUCCGAUUUAAUUUUCCAUUCAAAGUCAGUAUAUUUCUUUAAUAUUUAUUUUAUACUAGCUUACCCGGCAGACUUCGUAGUGCCUCAAUCGAUAAAUAAAAAACCUAAACUUUUGUAUAAAAUAAACAAAAAGCAUCCGUCCAACGGGGGACACAUCAAAAGAAAAACAAAAUUGUUUGUUUUUAUAUAAUUCCGAGCAUUUUCAUAUUUAUUCACCUUUUAAACCUUCUCUGGACUUCUACGAAUAAUUCAAGACCAAAAUUAGCCAAAUCGGUCCAGGAGACUAACGAACAGCAAUUCAUUUUUAUAUAUAUAGAUUUGGGGUCUGGGUGUGUUUUUCUUUGUCUGAUACAGGUGUUUCUAUUAUCCCUAGCACAAACGCCGCUUCAGUAUGAAAAGUUAAUUUAUUUACUGUAUUUAGUAAAUAACGUAUAAACAGAAUGAUUGUUCCUACAGGCUUGUUAAACUUCUUUACCUAAUCUCUGUUUCGUUCAAAGGAAAUUAGGAAAUACUAUAUUAUAGCCUUAUGGGUAUUUAUAAUUUGUUCCAUUUUCCUAACAAAUGUUAUUUAUAUUCGAAGAUGGAAAAUUAUUUAUGAGAUAAUAAUAAAAAUAAUGACUAUUUUUCGGUUCUUAAUUAUACGAUUUUUAUGUAUAUUUUUCUCUCUUAGAGAAAUGAAUAUUUUGAUGUCGCUGAGGGAUGUUAAUGUUGCAAUAAGAUAUACACACAUUACAUUAUUGUAAAAUAAUUCAGGUUUAUGUUGCUUUUAUUUUGAAUGCUUUCCUUCCGUAUAUUUAUUUUUGAGAUUUAUUUCCAAUGCGCACUAACUUUCGUCAUUAAGCUUAGAUAAUAGACAGACUGUUAUUGGUAGUUGUCAAAUCGCGAUUUCCAGUGCCCGCCGAAGACUUCCAAAUAGUCGCGCAUUGAAAACUAUUAAUACACGUUUAAUAUAAAUAAUGAUGAUUAGUGCGAAGUGACAUCGUAUUACCGAGAUACAGACUUAAACAAUUUUAAUAAAAUAAAGUAUUAAAAAUUA